UUAGGCUGUAAUUAGGGGAUCUGGGAGGAGAACUUUCCUGGUGACGCUUUGCUUUUCUUCUGCUCAUGGUGAGAAAGUGCCUCCUUCUUCCCAAGACCAGGACCUCUGCCAUCCAGUGCCACAAAGAGACAUUCUGCGCGCACACACACUUACACCCGCGCACACACACUUGCCCAGAGACAAACUUAAGGUGAGGGCAAAGAGCUCUAGCUUCACUUGAUCUCCAGCUCCAACUUCAGCAAGACUUGAGAGCAUCUGAACUUCUGGAUUUCGGGACAAGUGAAGAAGAUUCUUUGGGCUAUAAAGAUGAAGAGUCUACUUCUUCUGGUGCUGAUUUCAGUCUGCUGGGCUGAUCAACCUUCAGACAACUAUACUCUAGAUCAUGGCAGAGUUGUUCACAUCCAAGAAGAAAAUGGCCCCCAUCUACUCGUGGAAGCAGAACAAGACAAGGUGUUCUCACAUAGAGGUGGCAAUGUUACACUGCCAUGUAAAUUUUAUCGAGACCCUACAGCAUUUGGCUCAGGAACCCACAAAAUCCGAAUUAAGUGGACCAAGCUAACUUCAGAUUACCUCAAAGAAGUGGACGUUUUUGUUUCUAUGGGAUAUCAAAAGAAAAGCUAUGGAAGCUACCAAGGUAGAGUGUUUCUGAACGGAGAAAGUGAAAACGAUGCUUCUUUGGUGAUCACAGACCUCACCCUGGAGGAUUAUGGAAGAUAUAAGUGUGAGGUGAUUGAAGGAUUAGAAGAUGAUACUACUGUGGUAGCAUUAGAUUUACAAGGUGUGGUAUUCCCUUACUUUCCACGACUGGGGCGCUACAAUCUCAACUUUCACGAGGCACAGCAGGCUUGUCUGGAACAAGAUGCUGUGGUUGCCUCCUUUGACCAGCUGUAUGAUGCCUGGCGAGGUGGAUUGGACUGGUGCAACGCUGGCUGGCUCAGCGAUGGCUCUGUGCAAUACCCCAUCACCAAGCCGAGAGAGCCCUGCGGAGGCCAGAACACAGUGCCCGGUGUCAGGAACUACGGGUUUUGGGAUAAAGCUAAAAGCAGAUAUGAUGUGUUCUGUUUUACAUCCAACUUCAAUGGCCGUUUUUACUACCUGAUCCACCAUACCAAGCUGACUUAUGAUGAAGCGGUGCAAGCUUGUCUCGAUGAUGGUGCUCAGAUUGCGAAAGUGGGCCAGAUAUUUGCUGCCUGGAAACUUCUGGGAUAUGACCGCUGCGAUGCGGGCUGGUUGGCGGAUGGCAGUGUCCGCUACCCUAUUUCUAGGCCAAGAAAGCGCUGCAGUCCUACUGAGGCUGCGGUGCGCUUCGUGGGUUUCCCAGAUAAAAAAUAUAAGCUGUAUGGUGUCUACUGCUUCAGAGCAUACAACUGAGCGUGCCCCUUAGAGCACGUCAGUUUUAAAGUCGUUAAGAACAUGUGAAAGGUUUUUUUUCAAUAUGAACUCAUGCAAGUUACCAAAACUGUGAUAACCCUUUUUUACUUACUGUAAAGAAUCCUUUUCAUAAAGAUCAAUUCAUUAAUUUGUUUUUGUAAAGCUAUCAUUCAAUAUAUAUUAUAAAUUAAUAUAAUUUUAAGGGAAGUGAUACAUAAGGAGGCUUUAGAGCCAAACUGUUUAUGCUACAUCAUCCCAACGAAGUAUCCUUUCAUGAACGGGGCAUGCAAUAGCUUGAGGAUUGCUAGGAUUAAAUUAAGGGACAUAAAGCUACUCAGAGCGGCAGCUUCCACAAGCACAAAUUUUUCACAUUUGUACAAUUUUGAAAUGUACUACAAUAAACAAAUUAGAGCAACAGAUUUGAAAUACAGGCUUCUUUACAUAAACUGAGAUUCUGAGGUAUUAAACAGAACUCAGUUUCACAAGAGAAUAAUCUACACUUUUCUAAAAGUUAAUAUUUCAAGUCUCCAAUACAAUAUUUUACUCUUUAAAGUCCUGCCUUUUUGACCAAAAAAAAA